AUGGCUUCUUCUCCUUCUGAUUUCAAUUCCAAUUCGAUGAUCGGCCUUUGCCUGCUGUUCUACUUCUUCUUCUUCUUCACAGGAGUGCCGGUGGCCGAUUCUUCAACAAUUGGAGUCGAGUACAUUUCGCGUCUUCUUGAAAUUCAGGACCGCGAGAGGGCCCCACCUUCUGUCCAAAUCGCCGCAGCUUAUGGAACCCUCAGUCGCCUCAUUCCUUCCCAUUCUUCCAGCUUUCAGUUCAAUAUCAUCCCCAAGGAGCAUUGUGGUGGAGAGUCUUGUUUUAAAUUAACCAAUCAUCCUUCUGUCAGUGAAGGUGGUUCCCCUGAAAUUUUAAUAAGUGGAACCACUGGAGUGGAGCUUUUGUCUGGUCUUCACUGGUACCUGAAGUAUUGGUGUGGAGCACAUGUAUCCUGGAGCAAAACAGGUGGUGUGCAGCUCUCUUCAGUACCACAGUCUGGCUCCCUGCCGAAGGUUCAAGAUUCAGGGAUAGUCAUGAAGAGACCUACUCCUUGGAGCUACUAUCAGAAUGCUGUUACAUCUAGCUAUACAUUUGCAUGGUGGGACUGGGAAAGAUGGGAGAAAGAAAUCGACUGGAUGGCUCUCCAAGGUAUCAAUUUGCCAUUGGCAUUCACUGGACAAGAAGCUAUUUGGCAGAAAGUCUUCCAGAAUUUCAAUAUAACAGCUGCAGAUUUGAAUAAUUUCUUUGGAGGUCCAGCAUUUCUGGCAUGGUCACGCAUGGGAAAUAUGCAUGGGUGGGGUGGGCCAUUGCCACAGAGUUGGUUAGAUCAGCAACUGAUCCUGCAGAAGAAAAUACUUGCUAGAAUGCAUGAACUGGGAAUGAAUCCGGUCCUUCCAGCCUUUUCUGGUAAUGUUCCAGCAGCUCUAAAGCUUGUUUAUCCAUCAGCAAAGAUAACACAUCUAGGAAACUGGUUCACCGUUUGGAGUGACCCUAGGUGGUGCUGCACCUACCUUCUUGAUGCAACUGAUCCCCUGUUCAUUGAAAUUGGGAGAACAUUUAUUAGGCAACAAUUGACAGAAUAUGGAAGGACUAGCCACAUAUAUAACUGUGAUACUUUUGACGAGAACACACCCCCAGUAGAUGACCCAGAAUACAUCUCUUCGUUAGCUGCUGCAAUAUUUAGUGGCAUGGAAAGCGGCGAUAUGGAUGCUAUUUGGCUAAUGCAGGGAUGGCUUUUUACUGAUGACCCCUUUUGGAAGCCUCCACAAAUGAAGGCACUCUUACAUUCUGUUCCUGUUGGGAAACUGGUUGUCCUUGAUCUAUAUGCUGAGGUUAAACCUGUUUGGAUUACUUCAGAACAAUUCUAUGGUGUUCCUUACAUCUGGUGUAUGUUGCACAACUUUGCCGGAAACAUCGAGAUGUAUGGAAUUUUAGAUGCUGUAGGAUCUGGACCCAUAGAUGCUCGUCUUAGUAAAAACUCCACCAUGGUUGGUGUUGGGAUGUCAAUGGAAGGUAUUGAACAGAAUCCUGUUGUUUACGAUCUCAUGUCAGAAAUGGCAUUUCGACAUAAUAGAGUUGACAUUAAGACAUGGAUAGAUCUAUAUGCCAAGAGACGCUACGGAAGAUCUGUUUCAUCUGUACUAGAUGCCUGGAAUAUACUGUAUCAUACAGUUUAUAAUUGCACAGAUGGUUUAAAUGACAAGAAUAGAGAUGUUAUUGUGGCUUUCCCAGAUGCUGAUCCGUUUUCAAUUGCAUUACCUUCGUUUUCACUAAAUGGAAGAUAUCACCAUGAUAAUUACCCAUCUCCCGGGAGAGCUAUUUAUGAACUUGGUGAUUCCUAUAAUCAUCCUCAUCUCUGGUAUUCAACUUCAGAAUUGAUAUGUGCUCUAGAACUUUUUAUUGCAAGCGGGGAUCAACUCUCAGAAAGGAGCACUUACAGGUACGACCUUGUUGACCUGACAAGACAAGCUUUAGCAAAGUAUGCAAAUCAACUUUUCUUGAAGGUUAUCGAAGCAUAUCAGCUGGGUGAUCUCCCUGCAGUUUCUCUGCUGAGCCAGAGAUUUCUCAAUCUCGUGGAAGAUAUGGACACACUUCUAGCAUGCCACGAUGGAUUUCUUUUAGGACCUUGGAUCGAGAGUGCAAAGAAACUAGCACAAAAUGAAGAACAGGAAAAACAGUUUGAAUGGAACGCAAGAACCCAAAUUACAAUGUGGUUUGACAACACAGAAGAGGAAGCUAGUCUGCUUCGUGACUACGGAAACAAGUACUGGAGCGGGCUUCUACGAGAUUACUAUGGCCCCCGUGCAGCAGUUUAUUUCAAGUUUCUAAUACAAAGUUUAAAAAAGGGAGACGAUUUUCGCUUGAAAGAAUGGAGAAAGGAAUGGAUCAAACUUACAAACGAUUGGCAGAGUAGUAGGAAUGUUUUCGCCGUAAAAGGCAAGGGCAAUGCCCUCAACAUAUCACGGUGGCUAUUCGAGAAGUACUUGAAAGAUUCGACUCAUUCGAUCAGUCUAGUCCAGGAUACUUGA